AUGGACGAAAUGGAAACGUAUACUGCUGCGAGCACAGCCGAGUUGGUUUACAAUUACUGCGAGACAGACGUGAUGAGCAGCGUUCAGUCAGAAGCAUUGCGGGAGGCUUACAAACGGAACUUCGAGCCGGACACUUACAUAAAUUUUUGUAAAGACUGCAUUCUUCCUACUUACCAGCAAACAGAAAUCCACCGCAUAUUUUAUUCAGAUCUGGCGCAAGGAAAGACACUUCUGGAAGUCGGUGCUGGCCCCACGGUGAACUACGUGCUUUCGGCCACACGCCAGUUCAAGGACAUCGUGCUUAGCGACGUGGUUGAUGCGAACAGGAUUGAGCUCGAGAAAUGGCUGAGCAGAAAAGAAGACGCUCUCGACUGCUCCUUCCGUGCCGAGAUGGUCGCGUCCUUGGAGGGAUGUAGUGACGUAAAGAAGCGAGCUUCCGAACUCGUGGAACGGACUCGGCAGGCCAUCCGCAAGGUGAUUCCUUGCGACGUCCUGGAACCAGGAGUGCUUCCCGAUGAGCAUCUGGAGACCUUCGACGCAGUCCUUUCCUGCAACUGCCUGGAGUCUGCAACGCGAGACCACGCGUCCUUUCGGCGAGUGAUGUGCAACGUGGCAGGUCUGGUGAAGCCUGGCGGUCUGCUCAUCCUGGCCGGUGUGGGGGGCCAGGAAAACUACCCUGUGGGCAACGAAGUGUUCCCCAUGGCAGACGUCAACGAAGAUGUAAUCAAGAAAGCACUGGCGGACGCCGGCUUAAACGUGGAAGUGUACCAGACUGAAAUGUACGACGGCCCCGACAGGGAUGCUGUUGGCCGGAGAUUCGCCUUUGUUAUUGCAGCUCGCAAGGCGUAA